AUGCAGACACCUUAUUUUCUUUUCGUUGGAGCCUUGGUACUGUUGCACUUUAUCGCAACUAUCUCAGCUAGCAUAAGUAUUGCCAAUAACCAUAACAACAGUGCUAGUGAUCUGAAUGCUCUUCUUGCCUUCAAAGCCACCAUUUUCGAUCCUCAAAGGAUUAUCCCAACCAACUGGUCCACUUCUUCCUCUGUUUGCAACUGGAUUGGAAUCACUUGUAAUGCUCGUCAUCACAGAGUCGCAGCCAUCAACCUUUCUUACAUGGGAAUUGUAGGAACCAUACCUCCAGAACUGGGAAAUCUUUCUUUCCUAGUCUGGCUAAAUGUUAGAAAUAACAGCUUUCAUGGACAUCUUCCAACCGAGCUAUCUCGUCUCCAUCGAUUGAAGUACAUCAACCUUGCAAGCAAUGACUUUGAAGGGGAAUUUCCAUCAUGGUUGGGAUGUUUGAGUGCACUCUGGUACAUCAACUUCGAAUACAACAGAUUUUCGGGUUCAUUAUCAGGCAGGCUCUCUAACUUCACAAAGUUAGAGACCAUCAGGUUGGAUUACAACUUUUUCACUGGAAAUCUUUCAGAAGAAUUCAGCGCUCUACCGAAAUUGACAGUUUUGGACAUUCAAUUUAACCAACUUGUAGGCCCUCUGCCACAGGCUCUGUUUAACCUCUCCUCAUUGCAAAUUAUUGGUUUUACGAAUAAUAGCUUAUCGGGCUACCUUCCAGCACAUAUCUGCGAUUAUCUCCCACAACUUAAAGGGCUUUACUUAUCACUUAAUAACUUUGAAGGUGAAAUUCCAUCAGGCAUCGGAGAAUGCUCAGGACUCCAAGUUUUAUCCUUGUCUUACAACAAAUUCAGAGGGUAUAUACCAAGAGAAAUUUGGAAUCUAACCACGCUUACACGUUUAGUUUUGGGUGGGAAUGACCUGACAGGUGAAAUUCCAAAAGUCAUUGACAAUCUCUAUAAUUUGGAGAAACUAGGCAUGGAGAAUGCUAAUGUGACAGGUAUACUACCUCAAGAGGUUGGUAAUCUGAGCAAGUUGGAAGUUGUACAGUUGACCUCAAAUAGGUUGAGAGGUCCCGUCACGCUGAAACUUUUCAAUAUUUCAACACUACAAUUUAUUUCCCUCUCGGAAAACAGUUUUUCAGGCGAGCUUCCAUCGACUUUAGGUGUUUUCUUACCCAACCUUGAGGAACUCUAUCUUGGGGAAAAUACAUUCACUGGAGCUAUACUAACAUCCAUCUCAAAUGCUUCUAGGCUCAGAGUACUAGACAUUGGCGGUAACCAUUUUACUGGUGCAAUUCCUCAUUCUCUUGGAAACUUGAGAUUACUAGAAGUCUUGUCCGUAACAAACAAUGAUUUUUUUGGGGACUUACGAUCCAACGGGUUGAGCUUCAUUACGUCUCUUGCAAAUUGCAAGAAUUUAAAAUCUUUGAGGAUUAAUGGGAAUCCUCUGAAUGGCUUCCUCCCAAAAUCUAUCGGAAAUCUUUCCAGCUCACUCGGAUCCUUUCAUGCAGGUAGGUGCGGAAUCAAAAGUGAAAUUCCAAGUUCGAUUGGUAAUUUGAGCAACUUAGUAGAACUGUACUUUGACAACAAUAGUUUGACAGGGUUAAUUCCAACUACAAUCAAAUGGUUCUUGAAGCUUCAGAGGAUAGAUCUAAGCGACAAUCAAAUACUAGGUGCUAUUCCAAGUGAGUUUUGUAAUUUGCUUAACUUAGGAGAAUUAGGACUCGGACAAAAUAAGCUCUCUGGUAUGGUGCCUUCUUGUUUAGGAAAUGUUACAACACUCAGAUACGUUUAUCUCAAUUCUAACAAUUUAAGUUCUGUGAUACCAAGAAGCUUUUGGAGCCUUAGAGAUAUUUUGGAGCUAGACAUGUCAGGAAAUUAUUUGACAGGUUCUUUGCCUGCUGAAAUUGGAAACUUCAAGGCAUUAGUUACAUUGAACCUGUCAAAUAAUCAAUACUUGGGUGGGAUACCUAGCACUAUUGGAGCACUACAGGAUUUGCAAGAACUAUCCUUGGAGCACAACAAGUUACAAGGAUCGAUACCAGAUUCCAUGAAGACUAUGCUGCAGUUACGGCAUUUGGAUCUAUCUUUUAACAAUCUAGAAGGUGAAAUUCCCAGCUCACUACAGGUAUUAUCAGAUCUCCUACACUUUAAUGUGUCUUACAAUAGAUUAAGAGGACCAAUUCCUCAUGGAGGGCCAUUCACAAAUUUCACGAACCUAUCUUUUCUCUCAAAUGAAGCAUUGUGUGGCGCUCCUUGGCUCCAACCUUGUACAAGUACAUUUCAACAUGAAUCAAGGACAAAAAGGAUAGUCAUGAUUGUUCUGUUGGCAUCAGGUUCUGUCAUAUUAGCCAUGGUGAUUUCAAUUUUUUUGAUGCGGUUAAAGUUAAGAAAGAAAAAUCUAGCUCCGACUCAGAACUUGCUUCCCAUGGCGACAUUUGAAAGGGCAUCCUUCCAUGAGCUUAGACAAAUAACAAAUGGAUUCAGCGAGAGUAACUUACUUGGCUCAGGGAGCUUUGGUUCAGUUUACAAAGGAAUUCGUGAAAAUGGGAUGGUUUGGGCCAUAAAAGUAUUUGAUUUGCAGCUAGAAGGUGCAUUUAAAAGCUUUGAUAGAGAAUGUGAAGUCUUAAGCUGCCUUCGUCAUCGAAAUUUAACUAAAGUAAUUACUGCUUGCUCUAGCCCUGACUUUAAGGCUUUGGUGCUCGAAUACAUGCCCAAUGGAAGCCUUGAGAAAUGGCUUCAUGUAAACCAUCAUGUCCUAAGUAUCAGGCAAAGGUUGGAUAUCAUGAUAGAUGUGGCUUCUGGUUUGGAAUAUCUCCACUAUGGUUAUUCAACUCCUAUAGUUCAUUGUGAUUUGAAACCUAGCAAUAUUCUCUUAGAUGAAGACAUGGUUGGGCAUGUUUGCGAUUUUGGAAUUGCAAAGUUGUUAGGAGAUGGAGAAUCGGUGGUACAAACAAAGACUCUUGCUACAUUUGGGUAUAUUGCCCCAGAGUAUGGACUGGAAGGAUUGGUUUCAACAAGUUGUGAUGUCUACAGCUUUGGAAUUACAUUGAUGGAGACAUUUACAAAAAGAAAGCCUAAGGAUGAGAUGUUCACAGAAGAGUUAAGCCUCAGGCGUUGGGUACAAGAUUGCUUACCAGAUUCUGUGAUUCAAGUUAUAGAUGUAGAUUUACUUCAUCCUGAAGACGGACUGGUACAAAAGAAGAUUAACUGCAUAUCAUCUGUCUUGCAACUCGGUUUAAGUUGUACAAUAGAUGCUCCUGAGGAGAGAAUAAACAUGAAAGAAGUUCUAAGAGCGCUACAGAAGAUCAAACUCCAGUUUAUCAAAGACAUCACACCUUGAAGCAGAGCCCUGAGGUGCAAAUGUAUUUGGGGAAUUCUUUGUCCUGACUUGGUGCACCACCGAAAUGCUUAAAGUUCAAGGAAGGAAUGAGAUAUGUUAAUGUAUUACUUGGUGUUUAUUAUGAAACGCCAAGCAUUUUACUUGGUGUUUAUG